AUGGAAGUCCUUGUGUUUAUCAGGAGGACAAAAAUAUAUGAAUGGAACCCGAUGGUCUUCGACAACAACAGUCUGCAGAAGAUGACGGUGACCAGGAGGAGCUUGACCGCUUCAUUGCUGAGAUCGAAGUUGCAGCUAAUAAAGAAUGGAUUAAGAAGAUCUGAAGCUAAUGGAAGUGAAGAUUCAGAUGAUGAGAACAGAGGAACAAGGAAAAUCAUUGAUAGUGGUGGUGAAGAUGGAGAAGCUUCUGAGCUUGAUGGCGGAUGGGAUUCUGAAGAUACUAGAAGUGUGAAUCACGGGAACGAUAGUGGAGACUCCGAGGAAGCUUUUGAUAGAUUUGCUGCGAGUAAAAUGGAGAGAGAGUAG